UUUAAAUAUAUUUUGUAGGUCUGAUGGAAAGGAUGAGAAAUCUGAAGGAGAAGGAAAAGAUGGCAAAGGGCGAAAUGAGAGGACUGUAGUUAUGGACAAGUCCAAGGGAGAACCCGUCAUCAGUGUCAAAACCAAAAGCAAAGAGCGAAGCUCAAAGAGUCGGGACCGCAAGUCACCCAGUAAAGAAAAGAAAGACAUCCUGUCAUUUGACCAGAUCAAGGAGCAGAGGGAGAGGGAGCGGCAGAGACAGCGUGAGAGGGAGAUCAGGGAGGUGGAGAGACGCAGAUUCACUGACCGUGAUCGUGACAACCGCCCCGAUCGUGAGCGUGAGCGAAUCCGUCUGUUCAGGGAGAGAGAGGAGAGAAAACACCUGCUGCGGAAGAGACACUGGCUUGAGGCUGAGCGACAGCGUCUUGAUGCGGAUCGUAUGGAGCGUCAGUUCCUGGAGCGCGAAAGGCUUCGUAUAGAAUAUGAGCGGCGGCGUGAGCAGGAAAGGAUUCUCAGGGAGCGAGAGGAGCUGAAACGGCAGCAGGACCAGUUGCGUUAUGAGCAGGACCGACGCCCCGUCAAGAGGCCGUAUGACAUGGACAACAGGAAAGACGAUUGGCCUGAAAAGCGCAUGGCCUUGGAUGACCGAUGCGGCCGCUCAGACUUUGGAAGACAGGAACGUUACCAGGACUUUGACCACAGAGACCGUGGCCGAUAUCAGGAUGACAUGAUGAUGGACAGGCGAGAUAACACUCGUGGCAUUGGUGCAGACAGAGAUGGUCAGCACUUCUCAGAUAGGUCAGACAGACAUGGCAGAGACGGCCGAGAGCCCUGGAGCGGAGGAUACGACAAGCGCAUGAACCCCAGGGAAGGAGGUCGAGACUGGGACUCUGGACGGAAGAUGGAAGGAGACAGAACAUGGCAAGGUAGAGACGGUGCUAUUCCAGGCCAGAGCCACAUUGCACGUGGAGGGAUGGCGGGCCGUGGAGGUUACAUGAACACAGGGACGUCUCAGUCCCUCUCUGGAGCUCUGAACAGACAGAACCAGCUGAUGCAGGGCAGCGGGCUGCAGGGUGGAGCUUUUGGUCGACGCUACUGAUGUGUCCAUCUAAAGACAGUAGUGGGACACUUACAUGAGAUCACAUCAUAGAGGAUGUGGCCAUCUUGUUUUUGUACAUUUUUUUUGUCUUAAACGUGAUUUUUCUUUUUUUUGUCACAAUUCCAAUUUGUUUUUGAUGAAAACCUUUCUCUUUCUUGUUGCUACUCCAUUUUUUUGUGACUUAGUGAUUUUCUGCUUUGUAUUUAUGGUUCAGUCCAUCCUGUCGGUUCACAUCAGAGCUACAUUUUAAAUGCAGAUGUUUAAUAGACACCUACAUCACAUAGCGUCAAUGGACCUCAUCAGUUUUCCAUCUUUAUCCCAGUUUACAUCUGGAACAUUUUGAGAUUUUCAUUCUCAUUAAAUGAAUAUUUGUUGCAGUUAACGUGUUCAGAGCUUAGGUCUCAUUUAGACAUUUUUGUCUUUUUAAAACAAAUGGAAGCUAUGAUCUCCCUGCUGAAGAAAAGGUUUUUACAUUAAAUGACACACUCUGAUUAUCCAAGCUUGUUACUUUUAUAUAUUUCAAUCAGUGCAUUUUUGUACAUAGUGUUUGAUUUGUGUGAUUAUCAGAUAAUGGUAGUACAUCCCCUUGGACUGUGUAUGUGCACAGGUCUGUGAUUAAAAUCUCAAAUUAACUGAAUUGUGGUGUUGCAGCACAAGUUUUCUGUAACUAAAAUCUGUUUUUAGAUUUUGUUCAUAAAGUUUAGUUUUCUUGUCCUUCUGUUGUUGGGUUUAUUACAAUGUCAGGGUUAAAUUCACAGGUUGAAAUAGGCUACAAGCUUUUAACAGUUACAGGUUGUUCAUAUAUUUGUUGUGUUCCUAUUGAAAGAAAUGCAUUUCAAAGCACAUUUGCAGAGUUAACUUCCAGGUGCUCAUAUUUAUAAAAUAAAUUCUGACAUCACAGGAA